AUGCAGGAAACAAUUCUCACAGCAGAAACCCUUGAAGAAGGUGACGCAAAUGCUUUUGCUCUAACUCCUUCUUCACAUAUGGGAGAUGAGGAGUAUCAUCAUAACAUUCCAUCCUCUUCAGUCAAUUCUCCUUCAAUCGCUUCCUCGUCCCGACCACAUACUGAUUUUGUGUCAUCCGCUACAUUUCUUAACGAUCCUCAUUCCCAACAUCAUCACAAUGCAGUUACAACACCAAAUACUGCAAUGACAGGAGAGGAACACAAACAUCAUCACCAUCAUGAGGGUCUAACUGAGGAAGAGCAACAUUUAUUCCAUUAUUUAGAUACAGCAAUCACUACACCACCAGCACAACCAUCCUCUCACCAUCAUGAUGAAAAUUCUGCAGUCGUUUUAACGCCUGGAAAUAGUAAUGCUUCAAACAGCCGAGCAAGUGAUGGAUCUGCUGUGGAUCAUACAGGAAUGAGAGCAAAUAAUCAUCAGCAGCAAAAUCAGCAACAACGCUCUUCAUCACAUACUUUCUCAAUUGAGGAACGCGAAGGUUUAUUAAAACGAAUUUCGGAAUUAGAGGAACAUGUCCGACAGUUAGAGGAGCAAAUCAAACAAAAGGAUGAAACGAUCAAGAACUAUUUUAUCACGCAACAAUCCUACAUGCUUUAUCAGCAACAAAUGGCCCAAUAUUAUCCUCAUCCAGGUGCCACCCAUGCUGCUACAGUUCCGGGUAGCACUCCUCCUCAUCAUCUUUUAAACCCUUCAACUACACAUUCCCCAGUUUAUCCCAAUUUUUCAAAUCCUAUUACCAUUCCACCUCCUCAUUUUUCUUCCCCUAAUGCUUCUUCCAUAACCUCACCUGCUGGUUUCACUAGCUCUGUGACAUCUCCAACACCCGUAAAAGCGGGUGGCCUUUCGACGACAACAGGUCAUUUACUUCAACCUUCAAUAGUACCCACGCCAAAUGGACCUAAAAAGAAAAAGAAGAAAAAACAGCAGGCUGCUGCAACAGCAUCAUCUAGUGACAUCACAACAAGUGAUAAUCAAUCAUCUACUGUGGUGGCUACACCUUCAUUAACCCCUUCCAUCACUUCACCACAGAACAGCAACCCUAAGCAACAACCAACCGACAGUAGUAGUGCCGGCAAGAAAAGAAAGUUAACAGAGAGUGAAGAGGAAGAAACGGACACAGAUGGAGAAGACGAAGUUGUAAUUUCCUCUGGAAGUGCCAUACCUACCACCCCAACUGUAACAACACCUUCCAGUAGCAAUUUAACAUCUCCAAUAAGUAGUGCUACUACUGCCACCGCUUCCAACCUCGCACCAAAGCCUAAGGCAACUUUGUUACCUCCACAACCUUUAAAACAACUUCCCAAAUUACCCCCUAGAGCUAUUUCCCACAUUCCACCUCCUAUGACAUCAUUGGAUCCUUUUGCUGUACAUACGGCUGGUGCUUUUGGCUUCCCUCAUCAUAACGUGGCUUUGGAUCAUAGUAUGAAUACUUUAAUGAUGGAUCCUCUGCUUCAUCAUCACUUUCAAGCUGGUAUUCCAAUUCAUCCAUCUCCUUCUUCUCCAAACACAGCAUUUGCUGCAGCAGAAGUUACAGAAAUUAGAAAAUUAUUUACAAAAGUCAAUAGUGGUGGAAAGAAAGGAGUACUCGCAGUACAUGCAGGUGAUGGUCUAGAGAUGGUACUGGAUAAAGUUAAAAAUACUCUUGAGCAAGUUGAGGUUCUAAAAUCAAGGGCUGUGUCAGAGCUCGAUGAGAAAAGAGAACCUAGAGCCACCCAUUGUAUAAACACAGCAGUUAGCUUUCUGUACGCAGUCACUAGAGGAGUGGUGAGUGGAUUGCUCCAACUACUAGAUUCCAACAUUGCUCAAUUGCUUGACGGUACUCGCGAAAGUUGGGGAAUUGAUAUUGCAGAUUUGCUCGAAAAAACAUGGAACGAAGUUUUUAAGGUGAUUUUUGUAGAGUCAGAUCAAUCGGCUUACACUCCUCUAGGGUCACUACUUGACUUGAACCUAAUUCAAAAAUGUCUCGAAGAACUUCAGGCUCUCGGAAAAUCACUGUCAUAUUUUAAAUUUGAGCAUCUUGCCAGAGUGUUCAAUACCAUGUUCAAUUUCAUGAAAAAGAACAAUAGUAUUGAAUGGUAUUUGGCAUUUUGCUUACAAAUUAGAUAUUACAAAGAAUAUUGCUCAAAGAUGAUGGAGCUUGAAAAGUAUGAAGAGUGCUUCGAUAACAUUGUCAAUAGAAUUUUGACAGGAAACAGCUACGCUUUGAGAACAGGAGAUUACAGGGACGAAGACAAGACGUAUCUAGUCGAAUAUGCAGUCAUAUGUAUGACCAGAGUUUAUGACAGAUGUGUAAAGACUAUCAAGCAAGAGUACGCUGAAAACCAUAUCGAAGAAACAAUGCCAGUCAAUUUAGUGAACACUCAAUAUGCUGACAUGAUGGACAGAUUUAUGGGCAAUUGUGUGAACAUUCAAAAGAUUGUGCUCUAUCCUCGCGAGUUAUUACCACUUCUCAAGUUUUUGCUUAAAAUCUUUCCUAGUGACGAGGCAUUCACUAUCAAUGGAGGUCUAGGCGCCACAAAUCAAGAUAUUAGACAUUUGACAUUUAUUGCUGACUUAUUGUUUAUAAUGGGAAGAUUUAUUGUUGAGAUUGAUGAAUAUAACGGAAAAAUCGACACUGUUCAAUCUGUUGCAAGAAAAAUCGUUCUGGAGAGCACCAAUUCAUUACUGGAGAAAUUGCUAAAAAUCAAACAUGAAGGGUGUGACACAAAUCUCAAAGAUAUUGUUGAACAUAACGAUCUCUUCAAAAGAAGCAUUGCUCAAAUAUGCGAACAUGCAGUAUGGAUUCCAAUUCAUCAAGAAGAAAAAGAUUACACUUGGAAGCAGCUUAAUGAUUAUCACGAAACUCUUCAAAUCAAACAAGAUGAGUCUUCCACAAGGCUCAGAGAAGCGCUCUUGGAAAAGCUCUACUACUUGCUUCCUGGAGUCUCUAUGUACCUAAGAUCAAUGAUUGAAAAUUUGAAUUUUGCCCUUAAUUACAAGAUUGAAAAUCGUAACAAUAUGAGUUAUGAACAAUUUUUCAAUGUUAUGAAAAAGCUUGGAACCCAUUACUUUAAAAGUCAGCGUGAUGCUCAGUGGGAAGAAUUACUAGCUAAAGUUAAUUUCAUCCAUUCGAGAAAAGUCAAACUGAAAAAGAUGCUCAAGCGGUGGCAUGAAGAGGAAAUUAAAAACAAAAAAGAAACUGGAACAAACUGGUAUGACAAACUUCUCGAUGAUCAGCCACCUCCAAUGUAUCAAGAGCCAUUGAUGGAGAGAGACAUUUCUCGCAACAACACAGCCAACAAUACUGGAGACGCACCUAUCAAAGACCCUAAUGAUAUUGGCAUUGCAUCUUCAACUAAAGGGACAAAUCAGCAAGCCUUAAAGAAGAGAAAAGUUGCACCUUCGAACGCACCUACUGUAGCGACUUCUGUACCUCAAUCUUCAUCCAUGAACAAUGAAAACGAUGACGAGGCCACCGACGAAGACGAAUGA